GCUACUGCCACAUCAGGGGCGCUCUCCAGAUUUGGGAUACCAGUCCAGGACUUGAACCGGCUUCUCGGUAAAUCUGGACGUUACUUCAAUCAGUUCAAAGCGAAGCUGGGAAUCAAGACUCUCGACGCUGGUAUCGGCUGUGGGGUUGGAAUCGGGCAUGGUUUCAUGUUGGUCGGUGUGGGCUUGAAACAAGGAGUGACGGAACAAUUGCUGCAAUUUGCUCAGGAUAGCGGGGCGGCACUCGCUAGUCGCUUCGGUCCACACUUGGGACCACUGGCUGUCGUGGAUAGCAAGAUGUUACUUCCUGGAUCCAACUUGAUAAGUCCAAAUCCCGCAGGACCUUCGUCUCCCAGUUCUCCACCCGCAGCUCGAGCGAACGUUUUAGCGAGCUACAUACCGGCCGCGUCAACGCCUCCCCAUGCUCCAAUCCAAAUGCCAGGCUCGACUUCGUCGCAAACACAAACCAGCGAGGUCGAGAGGUUGAGACUGGAGAAAGAGAUCCUUCAAACUCUUUUGCGACAGCAAAGACAGAUCGAGGACUUGAACGAGGAGUUGAAAGCAUUGCGAGAAGGGAAAGAAGUGACACCUGCACCACCACGGCCACAGUCCACUGCCCCGAGAUUGGCAAGCAGCGACCACUGGGAUCGGUGCUUCGAGUGCCGGAGAAGAGCUCGAAGAAGAUCAUAGCCUUGAGGCUUAGAACGAGAGGGAAAGAAAAAAGUUUUGUUUGAAGCAUUCUUUGAUCCUUACGACCACCCAAUGUCAACAGUGACAAGGUGGUGAUCUGAGGUACCUCUAGAGGACACCACUUUGUAUGAGCCCGGGAUAAAUCUGUACUGAAGAUGUGGUGACGCGAGUA